ACACAUGGCAGUGAGGCGAUGGGAGGGUGAAUGUGAAGCUGCAGUUUUCUCUCUGUGUCUGUGUGUGUGUGCUAGUAAUUGAUUCCAUAUUAGCCUUAGCCUGCCUGUGAGCCCUCGGAGACAUAUCGGUGCUGCAACCAGCAGCAAGACAGACAGACUGACUGACUGACUGACUGACUGAGUUCAGUAACCUCACCGGAGCCUUCGGGACCAGAGAACCGAGCCACCGAGCAGCAGGAACAGGACCGGACGGGAAACAUUCAAACAAUGACAACUAAGAAGCCGCAGAGCAUGCUCCGGGAAGCUUCUCAUCAGAUUAUAGGCGGCGGAUCCGCUGGUCUGGUAGAGAUCUGCUUGAUGCAUCCACUCGACGUAGUGAAGACAAGGUUCCAGAUCCAAAGGGGAACCAGUGACCCCAACAGCUACAAGAGCCUGGGUGACUGCUUCCGGACCAUCUUCCGCAGAGAGGGUGUCCUUGGCUUCUACAAAGGCAUCCUGCCUCCGAUUGUGGCGGAGACACCGAAGAGAGCGGUCAAGUUUUUCACCUUUGAGCAAUACAAGAAGUUGCUAACUUUGACCCCUUUGUCUCCUGGAGUGGCACUGUCUGUAGCGGGGCUCGGCGCAGGCUUGACUGAGGCUGUUGUCGUCAAUCCGUUCGAAGUGGUGAAAGUCAGUCUCCAGGCCAACAGAGACUCCUUCACAGAGCAACCCUCUUCAUUCGCUCAAGCAAGGCGCAUAAUUAAGUCAGACGGGUUCGGACUGAGGGGCCUGAAUAAAGGACUGACAUCGACACUGGGACGCCAUGGAGUUUUCAACAUGAUCUACUUUGGCUUCUACUUCAACGUCAAGGAUGCUAUUCCCACCAACCCGGACCCUACCCUGGAGUUCCUGAGGAAGUUUGCCAUCGGCCUGGUGUCUGGGACCAUCUCCUCCUGCGUGAACAUUCCCUUCGACGUAGCCAAGAGCCGCAUCCAAGGCCCCCAGCCCGUACCCGGAGAGAUCAAGUACCGCACCUGCUUCCAGUCCAUGGCACUGGUGUACCGAGAGGAGGGGUACUUGGCACUAUACAAGGGACUGGUGCCCAAGAUAAUGAGGCUUGGACCAGGUGGAGCAGUGAUGCUGCUGGUCUAUGAAUAUGUGUUUGGAUGGCUACAGAAGAACUGGUAACAAAACAAAAACAAAAAAACAGAAAGGAAACCGAAGAGAGUGCCUUAUGGAUAGUACCUCAUUACCAAUAUUGUUACUGACUCCAGUAACGUCAGACCAAAUUAGUUUUUUGUUUGUUCGUAUUUUUUUUACCUUGAAUACACAAUAAUGCUCUUCAAAAUACCAAAUCAGCAUUACAGUUUGUCUUAAUGCAGCCUUCUAAGCAAAAACUACAUCUUCAUCUAAGUUUCUCAGGAAUUAAAAACAAUAUUUGAACAUUGA